AUGUGUUUCUGAGUACUGCCUAUUCUUAAUAUCUCCAUUCCUGACAAAGGGACUUGGGUCCUCCUAAAACAUUUGGGGAUAUGGAGAAAUCUUACAGAUCUACAAUCUCUAUCUAUAAGAGCAUCCUGGAACAGUUUAACCCAACUUUGGAGAAACUGGUGUACCUAGGUGCCAAGUACAUGAGGGCUUUCCAUGCACUAUCCGAGGCUGCUGAUGUCUACUUUGCAGAAAUUCAAAAGAUUGGGGAACAAGCGCUACAGAGUUCUACCUCACAAAUAUUGGGUGAAAUUUUGAUACAGAUGUCUGAUACCCAGAUGCACUUGAACCGCAACCUGGAAGUAGUAGCACAGACCUUCCAUGUGGACUUGCUGCAGCACAUGGAGAAAAACACCAAGCUGGACUUGCAGUUCAUUAAUGACAGUCGCCAGCGAUAUGAGAAGGAAUACCGACGCAGAGCUGCCAAUGUAGAUAAAUGCAUGUCGGAUCUAUGGAGAAUGGAAAGAACGCGAGACAAGAAUACACGCGAGAUGAAGGAGAACUUGAUGCACUUGCACGCAGAGAUGCAGGCUUUUGUCAAUGAGAGCCAACGGGCUGCUGAACUGGAGGAGAAACGCCGUUAUCGCUUCCUAGCCGAGAAGCACCAGCUGCUCUCCAGCACCCUUCUCCAGUUCUACACCAGGGCCCGGGCCAUCAUCCAGACUAAAGCUCCCAUGUGGAAGGAGCAGUUGGAGGCCACCCGCAGCCCUACCCAGAGCUUCCUUAGCUCCACCCACAGCCAGGGUCACCCAUCCAGCCGCUUGACUCCUACCCACUUCGAGAUGACCCAGAGGCCUAUGGGUGAUUUCAGUUCAGUCACGGCAGGACGUAGCUCCAGCCCCUUUCUCCAGGAGGCAGCAGAAAUCUUGCCUUCCGCUCAUCCAGAUCCAAGAAGAAGAGCCCUGCCGAGAACGCCCUCUGCUGGCUCCCUUUCCACUGGCCAACGUUCUCGCUCCAGCUCCUUUGGAGAGCAGGCGGCAGGAAGAGCCCAGCCAGGGGGCAAAGAGGAGAACAGCAACGGUGUGCUGAAGGUCCAGGCAAUAGCCCCUCAUACUGCUGGUUCCAACCAGACCCUGCUGCAAUUCAACCUUGGAGAUGUAGUCACCGUGCUGAUCCCAGAAGCACAGAACGGCUGGCUGUAUGGGAAGCUGGAAGCCACAUCCACGAGUGGCUGGUUCCCUGAAGCUUUCGUGAAGCCCCUAGAGAUGGUGAGAAAGCCCGAGGAGACAGCUUCCAGGCCCUUUCCUCUGCGGAGCAGCCAUAGCAUAGAGAACCUUCUGGAUCGGCACAGCGGCCCAUCUGCAGGGGACUACUGGCACAAUUCCAGCAGAGCUCAGUCCCCGAGUCCUUCUCCUGCUGGGCUGGGGGCUGGCAGCCGUCGCAGUAGUACAGCCAGUGCUGCAGGCACCACGGAUGCCAAGAAAUCAUCAGCAGGAUGGGAGCAUCCUCCAGAACUCUUCCCCAAAGGCACCAACCCUUUUGCCACGGUCAAACUGCGCCCGACUGUGACCAACGACCGAUCAGCGCCAAUCAUCCGGUGAAAGCUGGCGAUGGAGUGGGGUGCGUGGGUGCGUGGCACAGAGUGUCGGACAGGACAAUUGUUCUCAUUCCUGAGCACAGCUCGGCAUUAUUUUGGAAAUGGCUUCUUCCGAAAUGUCUGACCUCAGUGGUGGGCAGCUCUUGAGCCUCCUUUCCCACACUUGGUAUCUUGUAGGGGUCAAUAGGUCCUCAGGUUAUUUUGUUAAGUUACUUUAGGGCCUUUGUGAAU